AUGGGAGUUUUUCUCCACUUGUUCUUCACCUCUGUGGUUCUCUCGCAUGGACAAGUUCUAUCAUGCCCAGACGAUCAAUGCCGUAUAUUGGAAUUUCCAUCCACUUUGUUCUUCGUGGGAGAACGUCUUGUUAACCACACCAUAGCAAACAUCAGUGUGAUUGACAGGGACACGUGUGAAUAUCGUUGCUACUUGGACCACAACUGCGUCAGUGUUAACUUUUAUUUUGGAGAAAACGGAGUAGAAGCACACAACUGUGAACUGAAUAACUCAACGGGUAAAGAGUAUGAUGAGGAUCUGGUGAAAGCAGCGAACUACGUAUACCACGGAACUAAGAAUUUUUGCGCUCAAGCUCCAUGCGAAAACUACGGUACCUGCCAGUCAGGAUUUACAAGAAAACGAUAUCGAUGUUUAUGUGCGUCCGGAUACACCGGCCAGGAUUGUGAAAAAGACAUCGGCGGAGAUGCUGAGAAUACCUCCAACAGUAGCAAUGAAAACGCUAUGUGCGAAAAUUCCGAUGUAUCUUCGAAGUGUAUAUGUAAACCUGGAUUCAGUGGGGAUGAACACAAUUGUACAGACAUUGAUGAGUGUGCUCAGAAUACCCACAACUGCAGUAGGCACAAUGCCACUUGCACAAAUACAGAGGGAUUGUUCAACUGCUCUUGUGAUCCUGGAUUCAGGGGGGAUGGACACAACUGUGUAGACAUCGAUGAGUGUGCUCAAGAUCCUAACAGCUGUAACAAGGAAAAUGCCACAUGUUCAAAUACCGAGGGAUCGUUCAAAUGCUCUUGCAAGCCGGGACUCAUUGGGGAUGGACACAGCUGCCGAGCAUUCCAUGCCGUAUUUACAAACCUUGGUGCGAAUGGAAGUCAUGGUCCAUCAGCGUCAGGUAGUCCCUACGCUGGUCAAGAUCAUUACCGACAAGUUACGAUAACUAACGGUAUUCAACAGUGGACCGUGCCGUACACUGGCUACUACAGAAUAGAAGCCAUAGGAGCGACAGGAGGGUGUAAUUAUCGGUACCCUAUCAUUUUUUCGUGUGGAGGUACAGGAGCAAAACUGAUAGGAGAAUUCCGCUUGAAUAUGAGUGAAGUCAUACAAGUGCUUGUUGGCCAAGAAGGAGGGAGCAAUAUCAACGCAUGGGGUUCAGGAGGCGGUGGAGGUACAUUUUUAGUGAGGGGAAAUUCCACGCCAUUGAUAAUAGCUGGAGGUGGAGGAGGCGGGCCGAGAGCUAAAUAUGGAUAUGGAAGAUGUAAUGCCAACACAGGCACAACAGGGAAUGCUGGUUAUACAUCAUGGCCAGGGGGAAGCAACGGAACAGGUGCCCAUCAGACUGCUAGUGCGUACUCAGAUGUUGGAGGUGGCGGAGGUGGGUUUUACUCCAGUGGUGCAGGAAACAGAGACAGCGGUGGUAAGGGCUUUCUUCAGGGCGGAUUGGGUGGACAAGUUUCGUCCAGUUCUCAAAUGGCGGGGUUUGGUGGAUUUGGUGGUGGGGGUGGUGGGGGUGGUUGGGCCCGGUCACGUUUUGGGGGUGGGGGAGGUGGUGGAGGUUACUCUGGUGGGAGUGGUGGAAGGGCUUCCUGCGGUGGUGGGGGAGGAUCUUAUAAUGUCGGGAGAAAUCAACAAAAUAACUUGCAUAACCGGACAUCUUCUGGUCAUGGUUUGGUAGAUAUUACGUUUUUGGGGAAUCAUUGA